UUGGACUUUAGAUAAAGACAACAUAUAUUUUUGUGUAUUUCUGUGAAAUUAUAUAAUUUUCGAUAUUGUUAUUUAAUGUAUUUUUGAACAUUACACGAUAUUGAUAUUUGUACUGUUAUACAUUGUUUGAGAGGAUUUAAAUACAAUAAACAACAAACAUGCAGUCGACCAAUGCGCCAUCUUUGAAACAGGUGUUUGGUGGGAUGCAACCUAUCGCGCAGUUUGUCAGAUCUGAUUGGGUCUAAUCAGGUCUAAUCGGCAUUUCUUAUCCUUAUGUUGGAACUAGAUAACAGGCAAAGAAAUAAAGGAAAUAUAUACAUACGAAAUAAUUUUUCAAUCAUUGAAACAAAUGAAAUUACAAAAAGAACUUGGAAGGAUUGUAUCUGAUUGUAUCAUUUGACAUUUGGAAGUUCUAGGCAAUUUCAAAAAAUUCUUGUAAUGUAUUAAUAUUGAUUGAAAACACAUUUUUAAAGAAAUGAUUACCACAAAAUAUCACACGUACAAACAGUAUGUGCUUGUACCCGUUCUAGCUAUGCUGGGCCUUUUGGUCUUUUGCGAGUACCUAAUAUAUUAUGUGGUACUUUUUCAGUGUAAAUGGCCUGUACUGGAUCCCAACAAAAUAGAUAGAUCCAUAUCACCACCAACUGUCAAUGAAAGACCUGUACGUGCUAUGUUUUUAGCUGAUACACAUUUAUUAGGUUCUCGUAAAGGUCAUUGGUUUGAUAAACUUAGAAGGGAAUGGCAAAUGUAUAGAACAUUUCAAACUGUUAUGAAAAUUCAUAAGCCAGAUGUAGUAUUUGUAUUAGGGGAUGUAUUUGACGAGGGACAAUGGUGUAGCUCCGCAGAAUUCGAUUACUAUGUGCGUAGAUUCCAUUCACUCUUUUCAGUACCAAAAAAUUCACAUCUGUAUGUCAUAGCUGGAAAUCAUGAUAUAGGUUUCCAUCAUGUGAUAACCCCAUACCUUAAUGAAAGAUUUGUAAAAGGCAUGAAGUCACCCAAUCUACGAAGAAUCAGUAUUAGAGGAAACCAUUUUGUAUUACUUAACAGUAUGGCUCUAGAAGGUGAUGGAUGUUUUCUUUGUAGACCUACCGAAGUAGCAUUAAACAAAAUUGCUAAACACUUGAGGUGUUCAAAGGGAGUAGGUAGUGAUUGUUCUGAAAGUAAUGCAAUUAAAACUUACAGUAGACCAAUUCUUCUACAACAUUAUCCAAUGUACAGAGAAUCAGAUGAAAUGUGUAAUGAAUGGAACCCAGCGCCAGAUGACAUAAAGGAUAUUAAGUUUAGAGAACGAUGGGAAUGUUUGUCUAAAGAGGCAUCAGAACAACUGCUAGAUAUUUUGUCACCAAGGCUCGUGAUCGAUGGACACACACAUCACGGUUGUAAGCGAAUACACAGAGAUAAUAUAUUAGAAGUCACAGUUCCAUCUUUUAGUUGGCGCAAUAAAGCUAAUCCAUCAUUCUUAUUGAAUCUACUGUUAUUCGAAUUUAUGUGUUUGGUGUCAUUUGCAUUCUUCUCUAUCUGGUAUAUAAAAUCAGAAGACAGAGAUAUUCUCGACAUCAUUUCCCAAAGCUUCAUUGAUCUUAUGGGACUCAAUGUCUUUCCAUACCUGCUUUGAUAGAAUAUAGAGAAGCUCAAUGUAGUAAGGAAAACGACUAGGUAUGAAUUGUAUAUGUGGAUUGAUUAUAUAAAUUCUAUUCUUGACUACACUAUAAAUAUCAAAUAUUUGCCUUAGAAACAUUUGUGUAUAACAUUAUGCCACUGACAUAGUGGCUGAUCAAGAGGAAGAUUGCUCAUCAUUUACAGUAUAUAAUUUGAUAUUAAAGAAACAUAAGAUAGAAGUGUUCUCUUAUACAAGUGUCUUGUGAACGUAGAAAGUAUCCGUUAAAUAAAUAACUAUGCGCGCAUCACUCCUAUAACUAAACAACGGUCUUUUUUAUCAUGUAAAUGUAACAUAUAAACAAUUUGAUUUUUUAAAAUGAUGAAUUGUCUACUGCAUUAUUUUUCUCAAAAUAGCGAGAUGACAUUUAGGGAGGAAUUCUAAAAACUUUGGAUACUGUAUUAUCAAUUAUACAUCGUUAUGCAUUGCGCGCCUCUUAACAAUCAUUUUCCACCAAAAUUAACUGUUAUCAUCCGUAUCGUUAGAAUAAAAUAAAUUAUUUAUACACUAA